CCGCCUGACGUGACGUGUACUUCCUCGAAGGGUGGCGGCGCGGCGCUUUCAGGAAACGGUCGUGAAAGUAAACAGCGUAUCGCCGAGCCGGACGAUCUGCCGAAAGCGCUGAAAAUUAAAGAGGGGCUAGAGUCCGGAGCAUGGAGACGAGCGCGUACGGGGCGUCGCUGGCCGGCGGAGCCUUCGACUUCUGGAGCUUCGUCAGGCGACCGCAGACCGUCGCCAGACUGUUGAGUUGGCUCUUCGCCAUAGUUGUGUUUGCUACUAUAGUUUCUGAAGGCUACAUAAACGAACAGCAUGGCGACGUCACUAAAUGCAUGUUCAAUAAUAAUGACAGUGCUUGCAGCUAUGGGAUCGGAGUUGGAAUUUUAGCUUUCCUGGCCUGCGUUGUCUUCAUCGUGCUGGACGCCUACUUCCCCCAGAUCAGCAAUGCCAAUGAGAGGAAGUACAUAGUGCUGGGCGAUCUCGGUUUCUCUGGAGUGUGGACGUUCCUGUGGUUCGUGUGCUUCUGCGUCUUAGCCGAUCAGUGGUCCCGCACCGAUCAAGCGGCUGUCAUAGCCGACGCAGGCCGAGCCGUGGUGGCCUUCUCCUUCUUCUCCACCGCCACCUGGGCCAUUCUUACCGUGCUCGCCUUACGACGGUACCGCCAAGGGGUGGAGGAGGUUGGCCUAGGCUACAACGAUCCGUCCGUCGACCACGCUUCCCCGUACCCUUCGGCCUACAGCGGCGCUCCAGAGGGUUACCAGCAGUCCCCGUUCAACGCCAGUUCCGCGGGACAGGGAGGGUAUCAGCCUCCAGCGUACUGAGAGCCAAGGCAUUUUAACGCUUCUCCAGAGGCCCACCCGCGUGGACCGCCACUUCCUUUUUCCACACCAGUUUAAAUUGCGACUCGGGAUCGGUGGUGCGCUCGGCUUUUUCAUGUUCGACUUUAUUUAUUUUUAUUUCCUUCGGUUGCAAAUUCUAAACAUAACCCUAAAUGUUAAAGAGCAAGUGUUGCACAACCGCCUCGCUAACUUCCACAGAUUAGAUUCUGGUUUUUUUUACGUUUAUGAAACGGACGGAAUUGACUUUAUUCCACGCCUCGCACGACGUAUGAAAGUCGACAAAACUGACGCGCCUUAAAAGUGGAAUCGAAAACGAAAUUUCUCGCAUGCAGACAAUAGAACGUGAACAGAUGCUCUGUGCCAAAUACAUUACACGGUUCCUUAAAUGCUUUGCCAUAUGUCACUUUUUUUUGGAAAGUAUGCACUAAGUCUAUUGCCAAAUGGCUUUAUUAACUGAUAACUUAAGUCUGGUCGAGGCUAGACUAGAUAACUGAUGAACAGGUUGAUUGAGAGCUGGGAAACGAACUACUGUAAACGUGCUUUAAUUUCAUUCGUGACGGACAAUAGGCCUUGUGUGGAUGACGACGAGCCUUAUUUUUGUAAACUUUAAGCACCUGAGUUUUGAAGUGUUAAACAAUCAUAUAAUAUUAUAUUGUUGUCAACUAGUAGUUUAGCUUUAAAAUGUGUUCCUUUACGUCAGGCCAAAUUCACCUCAAGAUUUCUACCUCUUACUAUUGAAAUUGUGCCUUAUUUUGAAACUAAUAUCCAGAAAUUGAAAUGACGUGUGAUGUAUUUCUGCAUUUUAGACCACUUUUACCGUUUUCCCUAAAACCAGCAUAAAUAUUAAUCCAAGUUGGCCGCUAAAUAGAAACUCUUCAGUGUGGUUGUGUUUGGGAGAUUUCUACACAGUUCUGUUCUAACGCGUAAUAUUCGUGUCUUUCUGUUCAUUUACUUGGCAAAUUUUCUUUGUAACAGCAGGUAUUGCAACAUUCUCAUUUUUGUAAGGAGAUGCACAAUAAACACUUGAUUCUUUCCCCAUGAUAAA